AUGGCGCCGCCGCUGCGCCACGCGCGCCCUCAGCCCGCCCCCGGGGCCCUGCUUCGCCCCGCCCCGCCAAUCAGCGCGCCACAGCCACGACUGACGGCACCGGCGGCCAAUCGCAGCCAGGGGCGGGCUCCGCGCACGGCACGGCCCCGCCCCGCGCUCGCAGCGCCCCCCGGGCUGCGGCUACAGGCUGCAGACGUGUGCAGCGCAGCCAGAAUGAUCCAGCACAUGGUUGCUGCAGCUUGCACCCUGUACUCUGUGGCUUAUGCGGGGUAUUUUUUAACCCACUUGGCACGGCACCUCAUGUCUGGAUCCCGAGCAGCUCCUCCUUUGGGCACAAAAGCAGCAUCAGCCCCUCCUGGGGCUCCCUCUGCUUCCAAAGAGGAGGCCAAAGAGGAGGGAGACAGCAGUGAGCUUCCCGCUGUUCAGGGGGACGAUGGUGAACUUCCCUCAGUGCCAGGGGAUGACAGUGAGCUUCCCGCUGUUCUGGGAGACGAGGGUGAACAUCCCGCGGUGUGGGAAUACAACGGCGAGGCUCCCGUGGUGUGGGACGAGGACAGUGGACAUCUCCCGGUGUGGGACGAGGACAGUGGACAUCUCCCAGUGUGGGACGAGGACGGUGGAUGUCCCCUGGUGUGGGACCAGACAGGCCAAGCUCCCGAGGUGUGGGACGAGGAUGAUGGACAUCUCCCGGUGUGGGAUGAGGACAGAGGACAUCCUGUGCCUUGGGAAGAGGAGAGUGAACAUCUCCCAGCAUGGGAAGUGGACAGUGAACAUCCCCUGGCUUGGAAAGAUGAUGGCAAACCUGCAGCCUUUUGGGAAGAGGAUGGAGAAGCUGCAGCGUUUUGGGAAGAGGAUGGAGAAGCUCCCUCUGCUUGGGAAGAGGACACGGAACCUCCCUCCGCUGUGGGAUCCUGGGCUGAACAUUCUGACAGCAGCACAGCCCUGCAGCCAGAGGGGAGAGGGGAGUGGUGCCUGGUGCAGCUGAGGAACACCGUGAGCCAGGCGGAGCCUGCCCAGAAAUACCUGGAAGUGGAGCAGAUUGGCCAAGGGGCUUUCGGAACCGUUUACAAAGGACUCGACAGGGCCACGGGAGGAGAGGUGGCCAUCAAGAAAAUGAGUCUCAGAGGGCAGAACAGGGAACGAGCUGUCAAUGAGAUCCUGCUCCUGAAGGACAAGAAGAACCCCAACAUUGUCAACUCUUUGGACAGCUUCCUUGUUGAUGGAGAUCUCUGGCUGGUGAUGGAAUACAUGGAUGGAGGAACUUUGCAGGACGUUGUCAGACAGACACGCAUGGCUGAAGGAGAGAUGGCAGCUGUCAGUCGGGAGUGUCUGCAGGGCCUGGAUUUCCUCCAUUCCAACCGGGUGAUCCACAGGGAUCUGAAGAGCUCCAACAUCCUUCUGGGAAUGGACGGCUCUGUCAGGCUGGCUGAUUUUGGCCUCUACGCUCAGCUCAGCCCUGAGCAGGACCAGCGCAGCUCCAUGGUGGGCACUGCUCACUGGAUGGCCCCAGAGGUUGUGACCAGAUGUCCUUAUGGCCCCAAGGUGGACAUCUGGUCCUUUGGCAUUGUGACCAUCGAGAUGGUGGAAGGAGAACCUCCUUACUUCAGGGAAACGGGGGCCAUGGCCCGCGCUCUGAUCCGGCAGAACGGGACCCCGCAGCUGCAGGAGCCCAGGCGCCUGUCGGCUCUGCUGCGGGACUUCCUCGAGUGCAGCCUGGAGCCGGACGAGGAGCGGCGCUGGUCGGCCCAGGAGCUGCUGCAGCACCCAUUUUUAUCAUCAGCCAAGCCUCUCUCCAGCCUGACCCCUCUGAUCACUGCAGCAAAGCAACUGAGGGAGCAGCGGAGGAGAUGAAGCACCUGAGGACAGCUUUUAGUUACAGUAGUUAGGACAGCUAGUUAGUUAUGGUAAUUAGCACUGCUAGUUGGUUACGGUAGUUAGUUCAGCCCGUUUGUUAUAGUUCUUAUGUCAGCCUGUUUGUUAUGGCAGUUUUUUGAA